AAAUAAUAAAGGCAACAGUCAAGAUGGCGGCGCCCACGUUGUAAAACUUGAUAGAAAUAAUUAUGUCCGUGGUUUGGACUACAAUUAGCUCACCCCCAUACCGUAGUUUACAUGUUUGAAAACAUGGAAUCACAUGACCCUACUUUAACCGGAUUGCAUCAUGAUGUAUCAGAGUUCAGGGGAAAUUCGAGAGAGGAACUUCUAGCUGUCAUUCAGCAGUUGAGGUCGGAAGUGGCAGCCUUACGGAGCACACAAUCUAAGGAUGCUACUGGCAGUGAAGAUGGACAGAGUUCUGAGUUGGCCACUAGGAGGAACAAAAAGCAGAGGAUUCAAAGGCCCUUUGACUUCUCCAAGUACAACACAAGACAUGUUGCUUUACGGAUUGCCUACCUUGGGUGGGAUUACCAAGGCUUUGCAAGUCAGGAAAACACAGACAAGACAAUUGAGGCAGAACUCUUUGAAGCUCUGACCAAGACACGCCUCAUCCAGUCCAGAGACACUGCUAACUACUCCCGCUGUGGCCGUACCGACAAAGGUGUGAGUGCAUUUGGCCAGGUCAUCUCCAUUGACCUGAGGUCAAACCUUUUGGAAGGGUUAGGGGUGAUUCAGACCCCAGGAGGAAAGGCAUGUGAAAGACCAGGCGAUAAGACCAAGGAGAUUGAGUACACUCACAUCCUGAACAGAGUGCUUCCUGAGACUAUCCGUUGCCUUGCGUGGACACCUGUAGACCCCGGCUUUGAUGCAAGGUUCAGCACCCUGCACAGGACCUAUAAGUACUUCUUUCCUAGAGGAGACCUGGACAUUCAAGUUAUGCAGGAGGCUGCCCAAAAACUUGUGGGUGAUCACGAUUUCCGUAAUUUUUGUAAGAUGGAUGUUGGAAAUGGAGUUGUCAACUUUUGCCGCACUAUUAUUUCCAUCGACAUAGCACCAUUGGAUGAUAGCGAGGCAGGGUAUCAAAUGUAUGAGCUGACAGUGACAGGCCAAGCUUUCUUGUACCAUCAGGUGCGAUGUAUGGUGGCCAUCUUGUUUCUAAUUGGACAGCAUAAGGAAAAUUCAGAGAUAAUUGACAGAUUUCUAGACAUCAAAGCACAGCCAUGCAAGCCACAGUAUUCAAUGGCAUCGGAAUACCCACUGGUCCUUUAUGAUUGCUCAUACACUGGCAUCCAGUGGAUAUAUGAAAGAGGAGACCAGGACCACAAUAUCUCACGGCUUCAGCAAAUGUGGGCUCAACAGGUAGUCAGAGCAAUAACUCUUAAAAGAAUGCUUGAUGGACUCAAUUUAGCACCUGUCCCGGCUGAGUGGACAGACCAAACUCCAGACUCUUCCAGGGCCGACAAUUCAGCCACCCGCCCUUGGCACGAUGUCUAUCCUUCAGUCACAAACCAGGCAACGUUCCUUCUACUUGGCACUUCCUCCAAAUCCCACAAGCCUCUCUUGGACCGACCAGUAUGUGAAUCUCUUGAGAAUCGCAUCAAACAUUUUGCCAAAAAAAGACGUCUGGAUGCUAGUGAAUAGAAUCUGCAGAACUUUAAAUCUCUCCAUGUUUAUCUACAAAGAUCGCAACUGAUAAGGCUUUGAGAACACCAGGAGUGAACUUGGGAGAUGGCAGGGCUAGCUUAUUUUGUCACACAGAUUACUUGAUGUGCUAUAAACUUCCUGUUAAUUAACUUGGAGCAAAAUGUUUUUGAAAGUGAAGGAUGGGUAAGUUUAGGGAUCUAUUAGUUUGGGAAAGAUUAUUAACAUUUUCUUUUUCAAAAAGUGGCCCUUUCUUUUUAAUCACCCCAACAAAUAAUUGACAACGUUCCUCAUAUCUCAUGUAAUUGUUGCUCUGUUUCAAAUUUGGUUGUAUUUUUUGGGUGUUUGUGUUUAGUUUUUCUACCAUUUUGAGCAAAUCGUCAUGUCAGUGCGACAAGGUCGUAUCUUGUAUACAAAACCAAUGCGAGUUAUGACCUUGUUGCACUGACAUGACGAAAUACUAGUCCCUCAAAAGUGCAAUGAACUUGCAACUUGAAAACAUGCAGAGAGAAGGAAUAAAACUCACUUCAGUGAAACAGAUUUAGAUAUUUCCAUUCGCGAUUAAACUUUGCUCUGAGUUUUGGAGCUAUGUAACAGAGUUUCUAAUGCAUAUCCUUAACAGGAUGUCUCCUUUUGAUUGUAUAGUCUCAUAUUUUUGGCUUUACGGGAGGGUCACUUGUUAAAAAAAACUCUGGUUAAGAAAAAUACAGAGUGAACACAUAUCAGUAACUAAUUUUUCAAAGUGAUCAAUGUAUGACUGCCUUAUUUUAAACAGUUAUUUCAAUGGUUUUUAGUAGUUUAAAAAAAUAUCAGCCACUUUGAUAUAAGUUACACAAAUUGAACAAAAAAUCAGCUCAAGUUUAACGAGCAAGAGCCACGUCAUUGUUCAUUGUUAAAAGGUUACAUUCCCUUUUUGUAGAGGCUUUGCUUGGUCGCCAUCUUGCAGGGGUUCUUUUGUUCCACUGGGAAUCCUUUGUGCAUAAGCCGUGGAACCACUCAAAGCCUCCAUAGAAUUAAGAAGGCAAACCCUUGUUAUGGGUACAGAGCCCCAAAGGUCUGGAGUCAAUGGAGAGAAAGUGGGGCAGAUGGCGAAUAAAUCAUUUGUCCUGAAACAAUA